CAGAAGAAGAUCAACAAAGCAGCGACCACAGAGCCGUUCAACGGCAGCUCUCAACAACCAGGACACUCAGACCUGUUGGUAAAGAAAACCUGGAAACAUGAAGUCCCUGCGGUUCCUUGCUGCCGAGGGCUUCGUUCAGAGUGGGCCAGGUGCUAUGGAGAACCUCAACUGUGUGUCUUUUAACCUCUACCCACUUCUCUUCAAGGCCUGCUACCUCCAUGAGCAGGCUGACUUGCUGCGUGUUUUGGUCCAGGCAUGGCCUCUUCCUGUGCUCGACCUACACCGGCUUCUGGGAGAAACAGCCGACUGUCAGAUGGACCUCACCUCCCGCACUUGCCGGCUUUGUUUGGAGUCGAUUCUGACUGGCCUAAAGGAUUAUGUGCUGUCUCCUCCGAGUACAUACGCCAAGAGCCUGCAUGUGGUGGACCUGACUGCCCUGAGGGAUGUCGAGCACCAGCCCUGCCCCUGCCAAUCCACACUGGGUCGAUGGGCAAGAACCUACCUCCUCACCCAAAUGUGCUAUGAGACCAUGGUGGCCAUGCAAGCCAACGACGUGUCCCCAUCUGCCUUUGAAACAUCUAUUGAUGUGCGUCUGAACGGCUUUGUCACAGGCCGCAACUAUGAGCUGGUGGCUCAAACCUUCCUCCUCCUCCGCUACUGUCCACUGAAGCUUCGCUUUGUCAGUUUUCGGGCUGAUUCCCUCUCCCUCAAGCAGCUUUUCCAUGUUCUCAGCCUCGCAGACAGUGGAUCCAUUUUAAAGCUGGAGGUAGUCCACAAUGUUCCCCUGGAGGCCACACACUUGGAGGUGCUGCUAUCCAAAAUGGAAUUCCCUAAAUUACAGUCUUUGACUGUGCCGGCUGGAGCGUUAGAUAUCAGGAGGUUGGGCUCUGAUGAUGAUGAUGUGCUGUCCCUCAUUGGUAACCUGCUGGCUAAACUGAGCGACCUGACUGAGCUCCUUGUUGGUUUCUCAACUCUAACUGGACACCUACGCAGACUGCUCAAUCCCCUCAACACUCCACUGCAGUGCUUGGAGUUGGCCAAUUGCAGCCUGAACCGUCUGGACAUGACCUACCUGUCGAACAGCCUCCACAGUGAGUUCCUGGUCCGUCUGGACAUCAGCGGACAUGACAUCUUCAGCUCUUUCCCCACCUGUUUCCACAAACUGCUCUGCCGUUGCUCAGCCACAUUGGUCAGCUUGGCCCUUGAAGAAUGUAACAUAGAGGACGAGCACAUGGACGCCUUCACUAAUUCUCUGACUUGCUGUCAGGGGCUCGAGGAGCUCAAACUCCUGGGGAACCCUCUGACCUCUGCAGCCCUGCGGAGGUUAUUCUCAAUGCUAUCUGUGGGGUUUCCUAAGUUAAAAUACAUAGAGAUGCCAGUUCCCCGACAGUGUUACUCUGAGGAUGUCACUUAUCCUCUUAACGAUUCUGAUUUAAUGCUGUACAACAAGGAGCUGUUUCUGGAGGUCAGGGGUCAGCUGAUGGGGAUCCUGGAAGGAGCUGGUAGAGGGAGUGUGGAGGUGUGCUCCCCACUCAUGGGGGCCUAUGACCCAGAGAUUAAUGAAACCAGCAAAGAGCUCGGCGUGUCCAUGUUAAAAUCUUUUACCACCGUCAUUGGGGACUUCAUUGGUAGGAUAACUGAGGUGGACAACAGGAGAUCAGAGGCUCAGACAGAAAAUUAGUGGGGUGGCCUGUGUAGGGGUUAAGUAAAUGCACCGACAGAGAGGGGUCAUGAACUCAGAUUGUUUUCACAAAUCUAGACAUUUGUUUAAAGCAGACACGAAUCCUAGUGUCCAAAAAGAAAAAUAAUGAAUUCAUGCUUUGUUGACAGUUCUUUUCAAGACUGCAUUUUUAGGCUAAUUAAUAAGACUACUAAUUAUUUUAAUGUAGUGCUACUUCAGAUAUCUGGCAGACUGGGGAAGUAUAUCAAGUAAGCUAAAUUUGUUUGACUGUAACACGGGACGUCCAUUCCUGACAAGAUAUUGUCUCAACGGCGAAUCACUUUAAUCUCGGUACAUCCGACAGUCUGUAAACCAAACAGAUAGUAGUUAUGGUAGAUACAUGAGGUUUGCCUCAGAUAUUUUCUUACA